AUGUUCUUCCAUGUGACAUUAGAGCAUGAAAUUACGCUACAUCCCCGUUAUUUUGGGCCUAACUUACUGGAUACUGUUCGAAGGAAGUUAUUCAGUGAAGUCGAAGGUACCUGCAGUGGCAAGCAUGGAUUUGUUAUUGCUGUAACCAUUAUCGAUAAGGUUGGUGUUGGGAAAAUAUUACCAAACUCAGGUUUUGUAGUUUAUCCUGUCCGUUAUAAGGCGAUUGUAUUUAAACCUUUCCCUGGCGAAGUUGUCGAUGGUAUCGUAACACAAUUAAAUAAGGUCGGAUUAUUCGUUGAAGUUGGACCUUUAACCUGUUUCAUCUCAAAAUAUUCUAUUCCACGAGAUAUGUUCUUCGAUCCAAAUGGUAACCCUCCUUGUUUUAGGACUGAAGAUGAGGAUAUGAUUGUACAAACUGGCGACGAAGUUAGACUAAAGAUUGUUGGUACAAGAGUUGAUGUUAAGGAUAUCUUUGCCGUUGGUUCUCUAGACCAAGAUUACUUAGGUAAGAUUAACUAA